GAAGAGUGCGCCGACGUGCUGAACUUUUGCUGUGUAAUUUCUCAGUGUGUUCAUUCAAAGUCCGUGUAUCUGCAUUUCUGCAGUAGAAUUAUCCAGUGUAUGAAACAUGGAGUAUUUGAUCGGAAUUCAGGGGACGGAUUUUGUGCUGGUUGCGUCUGAUAACGUGGCCGCCAGCAGCAUUAUCCAGAUGAAACGAGACCAUGACAAGAUGUUCAAACUGAGUGAGAAAAUCCUGUUGUUGUGUGUCGGUGAGGCUGGAGACACAGUACAGUUUGCAGAGUAUAUUCAGAAAAAUGUUCAGCUCUACAAAAUGAGAAAUGGAUAUGAACUCAGUCCAGCAGCUGCAGCAAACUUCACCCGGAAGAAUCUUGCAGACUAUUUGCGCAGUAGGACUCCAUACCAUGUGAACCUGCUUUUGGCUGGUUAUGAUGAAACUGACGGGCCUUCGCUGUACUACAUGGACUAUCUCUCAGCUCUGGCUAAAGCUCCCUUUGCUGCACACGGAUAUGGAGCUUUUCUUACCUUGUCCAUCAUGGACAGAUACUACAGACCAGAUCUGACACGUGAAGAGGCUGUAGAUCUCCUGAAGAAGUGUGUAGAAGAGCUCAACAAGCGCUUUAUUAUGAACCUGCCUUCUUUCACUGUUCGUUUGAUUGAUAAAGAUGGCAUCCACGACAUGGAGAAACUUCCUCUGGGUGCUAAGUGACCUUCCACUGUUGCAGCUUCUUACCGCCCCUCUUUUGUACUGCAAAUCUGAUUCUUUAUGUUCCAAUAAAACCUCCCCCUAUUACAGUGCUUUGUGUUCAUCCACAGUAGAAACACAUCCAUUUAUUAAUAUUAAAACAAUAUUUUGUUUUCA